AUGUUUGGGAACGAAUUCGCCAAACUCCUGGACAAACAUUGUCUAGAAGGCCAUAAAUUUCCAACAUGGUACCGCAAUCUCAAAAUAUUCAUGACUAUCGAGAAGAUUGUGUACAUACUAGAGCAAGCACCUGAGAAGCCCCCUACUAAAGAUGCUUUUCAGGAAGUAUAUGCUAAGUAUGACAAGCACGUGGAUGAUGACUGUCAGGCCAAGUGCUACAUUUUUGCUUCCAUGAAUGAGGAGCUCCAGAAACAGCAUGAGCAUAUGAUGCAUGCUGCUGACAUGAUAUCCCAUCUCCAAGAGAUUUAUAGAGAAGGUACACGCAACAAACGCUUCAGCGCUGUAUGUGAGCUUUUGAAGAUGAAGAUGGUUAAGGGAGCCCCAGUCCACCAACAUAGAUUGAAGAUGAUAGGACUCACUAAGCAGCUAGAAAGUCUUAACAGUCCACUGGACUGCAACUUGGCCACCAAUUUCUUCCUUGCGUCCAUUUCUGAUUCCUUCUCCCAUUUUGUUAUGAACUACAAUAUGGGGAAGAUAGAGCACACUCUCUCAGAGCUAUUGAACAUUACUAAAGGUAAAGGCAAAUUCAAUGUCAGCAAGAAGAAGAAAUGGAACCCUAAACUCAAACCCAAAGGAGGCGUCAAGAAGAAACAGGAAGAAGGAAGAGGUGAAAGGAUAGUGUUUCCAUUGUGGGAAAGACGGACACUGGAAAAGGAAUUGCCGGGCUUACUUAGCUAG